GUUAGUUAGCGUGUGCUGUGGUUUCGGGCUUUAGGCCGUUGGCAGCCUGCUGCAGAAGCGGCACUUUACGAACGACGCGCCGGUGAAACUGCAGCCCGCUUCACUCCCAUCCAGAGCCAAAUCUUCAGCGGAAAAGUGUCUCCAUCAGCCUUAGAUCGUCGGUUUCGUCCCAGCCAUGGCUGUGAACGUGUACUCGACUUCAGUGACAAGUGAAAACCUCAGCCGCCAUGACAUGCUCACAUGGAUAAACGAGUCUUUACAGAUGAGCCAUGCCAAGAUCGAGCAACUGUGCUCAGGUGCUGCUUACUGUCAAUUCAUGGACAUGCUGUUCCCAUCAUGUAUUCCACUGAAGAAAAUCAAAUUCCAGGCCAAACUUGAGCACGAAUACAUCCAUAACUUCAAACUCCUUCAAGGCAGCUUCAAAAAGAUGGGAGUUAGCAAAAUUAUUCCUGUUGACAAGCUUGUGAAAGGCAAGUUCCAGGAUAACUUUGAGUUUGUGCAAUGGUUUAAGAAGUUCUUCGAUGCAAAUUAUGAUGGGAAGGAAUAUGAUCCGGUGGCAGCUAGACAGGGACAAGAAAUGCCCACCAAUCAGAGUCCAGCAGCAGCAGCUACAGCCAACAAACCAAAGAAACCCAGUUCAGACACAGGCAUCACACCUGCAGUCAAGCCAAUGGCUCCUGUUGCUCCACAGCGUUCAGCCACAGCACCUAAAUCUGCACCAAAAACAGCUCCAGCUGCAACGCGAGGCACAGGAACAGGCAGUGGGGACGAAGAGAAGGGAGCACUCACUCAGAUGAUAAAUGACCUGAAGGCCACUAUUGCUGACAUGGAAAAGGAAAGGGAUUUCUACUUUGGCAAACUGAGAAACAUCGAGCUCAUCUGCCAAGAGAAAGAGGGGGAGGGUGAUCCUACGCUGCAAAGGAUUGUGGAUAUCCUGUACGCCACAGAUGAAGGUUUUGUAAUUCCAGAAGAUGAGGCAGGAGAACCAGAGGAGUUUUGACCAAUCCAGGGGUGACUGUUUUAAAAAAAAAAUGACCCUGCUGGACCCAUAAAUGUAUAUACUGGCUGAUUCCUGCUGUUGUGCUGCACUGGCCUUUGGUCCAUCAUUUUGGACUUUGACUUUUGAAUGUCUUUUUAUUCAGGGAUAUUCUAAACCUUGAAAUUUCAGCUUUUUUUAUUGACCAUCAAAACAAAAUUAUUUUUGUGAAAGACAAAUAAAGUACUUAUCAAAGGCUGUUUAUAUAAAGCAGGCCACUGAGUUCUGACUUGCCAGUGACUAAACUUUUAUUAAAACAUAAGCAAACUAUUCUGAUCCAUUCAUUCUGUAGUUUAAAAAAAAAUAUACAGCAGUCGGGUAUGCUUUAUCUAGUUUCUGAUCUGUACAUUUGACUGCUAGUUGACCAGUUGUGAGUGAAGUUCACUUCCUCUAAUAAGCUCUGAAGCAGGAUGUGUGUCAACCUUUUGCAUUUCCCUUUCACAAGCACAUGAGACCAUGAUGAACCACUUGACAGUCAUGAGAGGCUUUGGGUUUGUCUUAACUGGCCAAAGCUGUUGAGCUGCAAAUACCACCAUCUUCAGGCAGCUUUUGAUGCAAAAUCAGAGAAAGUUAGGCAUGUUUUAUUUUACAUUCAGCAUCCCGCUUUUGCCAUGUAUUAAAAUCAUAUACUUAAAAAAA